AUGGCCCGACCCACUACCAACCAAGAAAGGGUCCCAUGGACAAAAGAAGAAGAAGAAAAGUUAGCGGAGGCAUGGGUGGCGGCUUCCGAAGAUCCAAUUGUAGGAGAUAGCCAGACGUACGGAAGUUUUUGGGAAAAAGUCCGAGCCAUUUUUUACGAGUUAAUGGAAAGUCAAGCUCGAAAUGUCGAUCAAAUUACGUCGAAAUGGCGAGAUAUUCGAUUAAAAUGCACCGAUUUUGGAGGAAUCUACAACAAUCUCCUAAACAUACGCAAAAGCGGUUCGAACGAUUUUGAUGUUUUCAAGGCGGCCAUGGACCAAUAUGAAUAA